GCGCCGAGAGGCCAGACACUGCGAGGCUACGAGGCCAGGAAUGUGCCAUCCGAGCGGUGGGCUGGCUCGGGCGCCGCGCACCUGAGCGCCGGGGGCGGGGCGGAGACGGGCCAGACCCCCCUCCCACCUAGCGCCGCGCCCCUCCGCGCCGUCUCGGCCCUUUCCGCCCGCGCUUCGGCGUCUCUCGGCUCCCCUCCCGCCCCUCGCUGCCUCCCUCCCUCCUCCCCCUCUCCCAGCUAGCCGGGUAGAGAGCUGGGACCUCCAGGCGGCGAGUUGGCUGCGGCGCCUUUAGCGCGGCUGCUUCGACUCACCUGGGCGCCGGUUCUAGCCCCGCGCCUCGUCCCCCAAACUUCUCCCAGACGGAGAGCUGCUGGGGGAGUCGCGGCCGCUCCACGCCUGGGGGUCGUUCGCGCGUACCCUCGGGGCCGCGGGAAGGAAGAGGCGGCGGCGGCCUGAGCCGGGGUGGGCGUCCUGAGGUGUGAGCCCGGCCGGCCCCGGUGGGAAUAUGGCGACCGGUGGCUACCGGACCAGCAGCAGCAGCAGCGGCGGCGGCGGUGGCGGCGGCAGCACCACAGACUUCCUGGAGGAGUGGAAGGCGAAGCGCGAGAAGCUCCGCGCCAAGCAGAACACCCCGGGCCCGGCCGCCCAGGGCGUGGGCACUUGCGAAACUGCCGGAAAGCCCCCGCCGGGGUCUCUGGGCACCUCGGGGGCCGCCACGGUCAAUGAGCUCAACAACAACCUCCCGGGCAGCGCCGCCGCACCUGCCACCCCCGGGGGUGUGAACUACACGGUGGCCCCUCCGGUGCUGUCCCGGGCGGCCCCGGGCCCGCGGCGGCCCGAGGACGAGACCCCCGCCGGCGCCGCCUCCACCUCCUCUGGAGCACCGCCGGCCCGGGGCGACGAGGAGGAGGGGGACGGCGCCCGGGAGAAAGGCAAGAGCUCGGGUCCCAGUGCCCGGAAAGGCAAGGGGCAGAUCGAGAAGAGGAAGCUGCGGGAGAAGCGGCGCUCCACCGGCGUGGUCAACAUCCCCGCGGCAGAGUGCUUGGAUGAAUAUGAAGAUGAUGAAGCGGGUCAGAAAGAGAGAAAACGAGAAGAUGCAGUUACACAACAGAAUACGAUGCAGAAUGAAGCUGUCAACUUGUUAGAUCCAGGCAGUUCCUAUCUGCUGCAAGAGCCUUCUAGAACAGUUUCAGGCAGAUACAAAAGCACAACUACUGCCUCUGAAGAAGAAAUCUCAAGUAGAUAUCCCCGAACAGAUAGAAGUGGGCUCAGCAGAUAUAAUAGGGAUACAAAUGCUUCAGGUAAUUUGGCCUCAAGUAGCACACUGGAAAAGAAAAUUGAAGAUCUUGAAAAGGAAGUAUUAAGAGAAAGGCAAGAAAACUUAAGACUUGUGAGACUAAUGCAAGAUAAAGAGGAAAUGAUCGGAAAACUCAAAGAAGAAAUUGAUUUGUUAAAUAGAGACCUAGAUGACAUAGAAGAUGAAAACGAACAACUAAAGCAGGAGAAUAAAACUCUUUUGAAAGUUGUUGGUCAGCUAACAAGGUAGAAGAUUCAAGGUUCAGUAUGGAAAGUAAUAUUUUAAAACUACUGAUCGAAUGUUAUGAUUAAUGCUAGGGCAAUAUUCCUGUGCUGCAAUACAUUAAGUAUGUAUAUUUAUUUCUGGAAAACAGUGGGUGUUUAUUUUGAAAACAUUUCUUUUUCAUCAUUAGUUUCAAAAGUAUCUACUUUUGUUUUCACAAAUAAGUAACAUCUUUCAGUUUUAAAAAUGAUAGGUUAUGCCUCUGGUUUUUUGUGGUAUUCAAAUAAUAUACGGUUUAAAGUCACAAUCAUUUGAAUAUAUUUCAGCUAUGGUGCUGAAAUAUAAAAUGCUUUUUCUCCCUAAAGGAAUAUACAUAGUCUUGGUUUACAUGAAUUCAAGUACUUUUGGGAGUUACCUGUAAAUGCCUUAUUACUGAAAUGUGCAACCUUUUAUGUGUAGUUGUGAUUUACUCAUAAAAGUUUUUGUCUGCUGUCAUUUGUUCUUUCAACUUAAUCUAAGCGAUUUAGAGUAAUAUAGACUCUCAUUAUUUUGUAAAACAGCCAUCUUUAAAAUGGAAAGCUAUUAUAAAGUCACUUAAUAUCAUGUUCUAGUUGGCUAAACAUAAAAUUUAAGAGAUUACUUGAAUUGUGCUAUAGGAAAUAAAAAUGUACUAUUUUGUAUUUGAAUAUUGAAAAAAUUGAAAUUUAACUUCUGAAGAACAUAGAUUUGUAAUUUUAAUAUAAAAUUUCUUAUGUAGGUACUACCUUUUGUAGGUUUAUAAGUGAACAUGGGAUAUUUAAAAAGUCAUUUUAUUCAUCAAGCCUGGAGAGAAUGUACGAUUUUAGUGUAGAAGAAAAAAAAAUUCACAUUUUUAAUUACCAUAUGCAUUAAAAUCAAAACCAUAAUAUUUAUGCACACUUAAAACAUUUAUCCUUACAUUACAAAGAAUACAUAAACAGUACUAGUACUAAAAUACUUUGCUUAAUUUCUAACUUGGAGAAUAACACUGACAUAGUUGUUCUCAUAAGAGAAUUAUUGCCCUACCUCAAAUUUAGGAGAUUUUCUUCUUAACAUUGGAUUUUUAAAAAACAGUUGUUUUGAAGAAUUAUAUACAUUUUCUUUUCUAUUAAUUACCAUUAGUGUUUAGAGUUGUUUUAUAUUGAGUAAGGAAACCCCCUCCUUUAAAAUAACAUGUCUGCCUGAUAGUUUGAUUUCAAACAGUAUACUGAUACCCAUUUAUCCAGUUAAUAUACUCAGGUGGCUUGAACAUAGUAAAUGUAUUUUGGGUACGCCACUGAUUCUGUUUUCUUCAUUUGCCAAGCCCCUUCAUUAUCCACUGUUAGAAAAAUAGGAAGGGUGACACAAUUGGAUAAAAUGUACAGUAAAUGAUAAAAAUCAGAUAUUGAAUUCUGAAACUCUCUGCAGUGACUUGGAUUGCGUCCCCCACGUCCCCACCACUUUCCACUUUAGAAGUUUCAGCUUGGCUGAUCAUCAGAAUCACUUGGGUUACUUAACAAGAAUUUCCUGGCUGUAGUUUCUAGAUGGGUUUAGAUUGAGACCCUGGACAGAAUUUUUAAAGCUCACCAUCUGAUGAUUCUGAUCAUAACAUAAGUUUGUAAACAGCUGCCAUUACCUCUUUCCUUUUACACCUUCCAUUGGAGACUCUGGAAUUAACAAAAUGCUAGCUACCAGCAUUUUCCCUCUUUCAGAUUAUUUAAUAACCUGGUAUCUGGGGAUGUUUUCAUAUGUUCAUACAUAUUUACCAAGUUCAAUGUUAGAUUACCAAACUUGAUGCAGUUGCAGAAAUUGUGCAUAAGGACAUCCUUUUUGGAGACUAUUACCCAGCAUGGGAUCGGUGAUCUGCUACCCACAUGUCAAGUUGUUGCCGGACCCAGUUACUACCUUUGGCUGAGAGGUACUCAUCUCUUUCUAGUUGUCCUUAGGUAAAAAUACCGAUAUUGCCUAGUUUCCCAUCCAUGCUUUGGAUGUUGUGAGAAUGCUGUCAAUAUCUAGCCUUAAAAUGUUAGUGCUUGGUUUUUGGUAAAAAGUAUCUUAAAUUUUCUAUUUAAUCUACAUGUAAGUAAAUAAAUAUUCAAUUUCCCCUUUUAAAAUUAUAUCAGUUAUUAAUACUUUUAAAGACUGAGCUGUUUUAAUUUUUUUCCUUUUCUUCAGUUUGUUGGAAACAUUUCCCACACUGAUCUUACAUUUAUAUAAUAGUACCUAGUGCAGAUGCAGUACCUGGGAAUUUAGGCAGAGCUUUCAUAGGCAGUUCUUCCUUAAAGUAUGAAUUUUUUCACCUAUAGAUUUUUAGAGUGAAUGUUAAAAAAUAAAGUAGGAUCUACUAUAAUAUCCCUUUAAAUUUAUAAAAAAUAUUGAGAUUUUUGAAAAGGUAGCUUAAUACAUGUGCACCACCUUAGAAAACUUGGCUAUUGUCAAAGUGUUAGUAUUUGUGAAAUUAUUAGUCCCGUUCAGAAAUAAUAUUUCUUAUAUUUCCUGGGAAUUUGUGUCAUAAUAAAGCAUAUCCAAAGUUA